UUCUCAAAUUCUCAAAGCACCCCUUCCUGCCAAACGAGGACUUCCCGCAGACUCACUCUCUCUCUCCUCCUCAAGUUGAAGUCAGGUGGAAGUUUUUUUUUUUAUUUCUUCAAAUUGGAAAUUCGUUUUUACUAUUUAUCAAUUCAUAAAUUACACCGUCACACAUCGACAAAUCUGGAACAAAGUCGUGAAAUAUAGUGCUGACUGGUUUGUGAAGCAGGGUUUGGCAUUUAAUUAAGGCGACAUGGCGAACGGAUCGUCCCUUAUUGAGAAGAAGAUGGAAGCAGAUACGGAGGAUUUGGACCUUGUGAAGUACACUCUUCGUGCCAUUGGCAUCCUCCAAGCGGUCCAACACAUGCCAUUCAGCCUGCUGAACUUGGAGGAAAAUCUGCCCGUCGUCCUGCAAAAUAAAGAGAUUCUGGUCGACGUGGAGUCUGCGCCUGGCCCGGAACUACCGUUUCAGCAGAUUGUGGACCCUUCGUCACUUUCAGAGUCGUUGUUCGAACCGUUCGAAGCUACCCGACUAACGACUAUUACGACUAAUGACACUUUUCGUAGUGGUUCUUCCUGCAAUGCUCUUUUCCCACUGCCAUCUCCAGACGGGGGUGUAAAUUCCGUCUCCGAAAUCAAGAAUCUUCGCAGCUUCGUGGAGAAUUGGAAGAUGGAUUGGAAGUUGGAUGACUACUUGCGUGAUAUAUUACCACCACAGGGCGAUAUCCAUUUUUGUGUGUCAAAUAUUCCCCAAAAGAGUGACGAAGAGAAGGUUGAUGUUUACUGGGGGUUAACCUUUCUUGGUAAAACGGGAGCUUUGGUGGGCGGAAUUUUAGCCAGUGUUCCAUCUCUGGAACAAAUGGGCAUCAAGAAUUGGAUUCUUCCCACGGGCGACAAGAUCCCGCUGUCAUCUUUGCGACCCACAAUUUUCGAAGUAGUCCCGACCAAUGUUUACUCCGUCAAACAGAAAAUUUCCCGAGCCGUUGACGUACCAUUAAUACCCUUGGGUGUUGAGCCGUCAGGGGACAUUCCUCGCCCAGAAUUUAUCGGGAGUGGUACGCGGAAAAUAGUGACAACUGUGAACAACGCUGGCGAUAAAUUGGCUAUUCGACACGUCGUCCUCUCCGCCGAAUUACCGGAUGGAACUUUGUACAUCGUGGACCCCACUGGGCGACAGUUCGGAUAUAAAGGGGCAAAUGGGAGUGUCAUCAUUCACGGGAAGUUGGACGAGUACAAAAAAAACUUUCCGGGACAAGUUGUAGGUCAACAUAACGACACUCCACUCGAUCCCAGUGCUGCAGAAGGUUUCAUCCCCGUUGUGCAACGUCUGCUCGCAAAGUACUUCGAGAAACGACUCUGCGCCUAUUGUGGUGAAAUUGACGAGUUACAUCCCAAGCCAAUAGCUACCGUUCCGUUGCACAUUGAUCAUAGCAAACUUCUGCUCGCUGCGGGGCGCUGUUGCUUGGAAGAUUGUAAGCGCUGCAAGGGAGUCGCGUACUGUUCCAAGCUGUGUCGGGAAUUGGACUGGGAAAAUCACAAGCCGUCGUGCAAAUAAAUAUCUGAAAUGUAACGACCCGAUCUCUCAGCGACUCAAGACUGGACUUUGUGUUUUGGACUUGUUUAAAUCAUUUCAUUUUUUAGCCUUUGGCUGCUAUUCACUAUUUUUUCGAUUCUAUUUGUAUUACUAAUGCUAAUUUAAGAUUAACUAUCAUCUUUUUGAUAUAAAGUAAUUAUUUGAAUUUGGAAUUUGCUUCAUUUAUUAAUAAAAUUUUCUUGAAAUUCAUGCAGACGUGUAAUUUUAAUUUUAAUUUAUUAUGAGCUUUUGAAUUCUAACAAUUAAAGUCCCUUCUUGAGGACUGGCCUACUUUUAAAUACAUCCGAAAUUUUUGCAUAAGUAUUUAUACACAGCGAGGGUCAGAAGUAAUAAGCAAAUCAUGAUUUAAUGCAAUAUCAGUCAAUUUAUUAUGUAUUUCUGCUUCUGCUCAUUGUAAUAUGUUCUUAAAAUAUUUAUGUGUAAAUGUAUUUCAGAUAGGUCCUCCUAGAUAAAGCUUGAAAUAAAUAUGUGCUUGAUAUGA